AUGUUACUACGAUCUUCAAUUUUUUUGAUAAUUUUGGCGCAAACUGUUUUUUCUGGCACCAACAAACUUGACCUGCAAAAUACUGGAGAACCAGAAGAAUUUGAUGAGGACAAUCCGAAUGAAGAUCCAGAUGAUGAUCCAGAUAAACAUAUGGGAAAAGAUGUCUAUUCAUUUUUGGCGAGUCGAAUGAAGCAAGAUUUAAAUAUGAAAAAACCAUUAGCUCCUCAAGUUUAUAAGAUUCCGGGACCUCUAGAACCUCUGCCAGGAAGAUCACAUUCGGGAGAUUAUUGGCCUGUUUUCCCAUUCCAGAAUCAAUAUUCAGGAGGUGUAGAUUUGGAUCCAGCUAUUUCUCGGGUACGAUCUUUUAAUUUAUUUUCUAAAAAAAUCCUAUAAUUUCUUUUUUAGCACAUCGGAGGAGAUAUGAAUUUAGCAGUUCCAUCUUGGGGAAUGUUAGAUGUUUAUGGUCGUUUGUAUUAUCGUAUUCAUGAUACAACUACGAAAAUGGGUUAUUUGAAUCAUCCAGUAAAUAUGAUGGAUUUGGAAAAAGAAGAUCUUGUGAGACUUAUGAGUGAUCCAGCAGUUCAGGCGAAUAGAAGUGAGUGGAACGUUUUUUAAAGUGAUGAUAAAGCCAAUUUUAUUUUACAGAUGGGCAUCCAACUAUGCCAAUUGGAGUUUUCGGAAAACGUUAUGCUCCAAUGAGUUGUAAACCACCAAUGUGUAAUCCUUAUCAUAUGAACUUUGGAUUAGGAGUGAGUUUAAGAAAUGAAAGUUUAGGAAAAUAUUUUGUCACAAUUUUCCCAGAUCCUUGAAAUUCUUUUAAUCCUAAAAAUUAUCUGACUGGUUUUUAAUCAACUAUGAAUUUUUCCUUUUAGAUUGAACAAGAUUGGGGAGGAGCUGAUGGAGUUGAAGGAGAUAUUGAUGUUCCGAUGCCAAUAUCAAAAGGUGUUGCAUAUCGUUUCCCAUUUUCUGGAAAUGUUUAUGCAGCUAGAGAUAAUAUGACUGUAACUUAUGGUCAGAAUUUGUCACCGAUUGAACCAUUUUCAAGUUUGUUUGAUUAUCAAAAACAUCGAGAUCCUGGAUUGAGAAUUCCGAGAAAAUGGGAUAAACGAAGUGUUGAAGAAUAUCCUGAAGAACAAAGACGAUAUCAUAAAAAUAAUAGACAUAUAAUUUCUGGAACAACGCAAGAAUUCGAAGAGGUUAGUGAAAAACAAUCUAACAUGAAUUGAUUCCAACUUUUUGUAGCCUGUGAAUUAUAUUCGACCGUAUCCAUCUGUUCAACAAAUUGUAGAAUUCAAUCCAUUUGGUUUUCCUUUACCAAUUCGUCCUCCAAUAAAUCGUAGAAGACGUUUCAUGAAUCCAUAUUUGACUCACAACCCACAACCAGUUUACUUUUAUUAAAAUAAGUAUUAUGUAAAUAUGUCUUUCCCAUCCAUCCCGGUAAUAAUUGAAAACACAUAAUAAAAACAUUCAUGAGUCAAGUCAAAUGCGGAAGUUUUUCAAGUGCAAUCAAAACAACAUGAACAUUUGCUCAUUUUGAUACAUUUUCAUUCGGAUGUUCUCGUUCUUCCAAAAUAUUUCUAUUUUUAUAUUUUUUCUUUUUUUCCUAGUUUCCCAGUUAUUUGGAUGUCAAAUUGAUAGCAAUCUUCAUGGAACUUAUAAAAAACAAUCUGACCGAUUAAUGGUUGCUGAAAAAAAUCCGAUAAUUUACGAAGAUGUUGUUAUUACACCAACUUCGAUUUCAAAUUUUGGUGAUUGUUAUUUGAAAAUUGGAACAUCUUAUAUAAUGGGUUUAAUGAGAAUGGGAAAAAGUGUUUGUUUUCGAUGUGUUACACCAAUUAUGAUGUCACCAAAUAUUGUGCAAUUAGCACAUCAAUACGGUAUGUCUGAGGAAAGGAGCGAGUUCUUUCUCAGUGAAAAAGUCAUUCCAAUUUUUUUUAGAAGACACGUGUUAUGAUACUGAACGAGAAGCUAGAAUGACAUGUUUUGAUUCGACGAUUGUUACAAUUUCAGAUGGAGCACUUUUAUUUAGAUCUGUUGAUGAAGAAGCUGCAAGUUGUAGUCCAAUUGAUGGUCGAUUCAAUGUUGCUUAUCGAAUGAAUGAUGCAGCUUUGAGUUGUGAAAACGGAGAAGGAACUGUGUCAGAUAACUGUCAAUCUUCAUCCACAAUUUCAAUUCAAUUUAGAAAUUGUUCAUUUCCCGAUUUUGACAUGUCAUUGAAGUGUCUCGGAUCGUGGAAAGAUAAGAAGAAUCAACAAUAUUUAAUUGUGAAGAAUGAAGAAAAUGAGGAAUAUCGAUGUGGGGUAAGUAACUUUGUAAAUUUCCAUAACACAGUAAUAUUUCUUCACAUUACAGCUUGUUAUUGAGGACAAUAAUGUCAAAAAAUUAUAUUUUUCAAAUGAUUCAUCUUGUUCUUCAUUAUCUAUGAAAACUGCCUUCGACACAUAUUAUUUCCAUUCUGAAUCACACGCCAAACCAUUUGCUCCGUGCUCUUUUCCAUCUUGGAUGCAAGGAGAAUUCGAUUCGAUGACUAUUUCGAAUCAUGAAUUGCAAUAUUUACAACAUCACGUUGGAGCUGUACCUUUAAUUUCACACUGUGUUCAAACUUUUGAUGAUAGAGUUUUAGUAUAUACAGAAACUAAAUGGUAGAAAACUUUAGUAGAAAAUGAAAAAUUGGAAAGAGGGUUUAUUUUCAGCGGUGAUCCCCUCGGUUAUCAUUGUCUACUUUUCAAUGCUCGAAGUCAAAACUUGAUUGAGUUCAAGACAUCGAUUCCAACUGAAAGUUCAAACACAUCAGUUUGUUCGUAAGUUUGGAAUCUGUAGAUCAAAAAUAUCUUGAAACAAAAAAGAAUCCCUUUUUCAAGGUUUUUGUUCCUUAAUACUAUUUUGUUCCAGAAAUAAUACCCAGUGGGAAACAGUUCCAUGGUCUUCAUCUGUCGUUUUGAAUACAACUCCUUAUCCAUGUGGAAUAUUUGGAUCGUUUUCCUCCCCCAAAGAUUUAGACUUGGAUUAUUGCUACGAUGUCAGUUUCAGUUGUGAAGAUCCAACUAAAAUGAAUAUAUCCGCUUAUCAUUGUAAUGAUGGAUUAAUUUUUGAUGGUUUGAAACUUUUACUAAUCCAAGUUCCAAAAAAAUACAAAUUCUAGUUCGUUCAUAUACUUGCCUUGCUUCUUGGAAAGAUAAUGACAAGCUAUUGAUAUAUGCAACACGAGAAAAAGAUGAUAAAGAAUGCUUUGUUUCUCGUUAUCAAGAUGGGAACUUGUAUUUUGCGCCAACCGGAGAUCAAUGCGAACGAAAUUUCGAUUUUGAGGAGAACAAUGACAAAAAACACAAACAGAUUAUGAUUUUGAAAGAGAAAAGUUUGUAGUUUCAGAUUUAUUUUGAAUUUAUUGGUAGCAAUUUAAUCUUGAUAAUUUCAGAAUCCUGUCAAAAGGUAUCUUUCAAGUCUCGAAAACCAAUUAGGAUUCAAGGUCUACCAAAUCAUGUGAAUCAGACUUCAAUUCUCGAAACAACAACAACUUUGGAAAAAGAAAUGUCAGCAUUUUCAGAUGAAUUCUGGUUCAACUCAUCUUUCAUAA